AUGUCCGAAGUGCCUUCAUCAACGACUCCAGAAUGGUUCUCAAAUGAAUGGAAGUUAGGGAGGCGUUUCGCGCAAAAGUGCUUCGAAAUGGUGGAUGAAUAUUCCGAAAAGGGCGUAGGAGACGCAAAUCCUGACAGAGUCGGCUUCCCAAAGAUUGUACUGGAUCCAAAUUCCCAAGACCGGAUAUGUGAGGAAUUGUUCGAAGCAGACGGGAAUACCGUCCCUGGAACCAUGGGCAUGAAGCAAACUUUCGAUCUUCUGUGCCAGGUCUUCCUCAAGAAUGAAAAUACGGAGAAGGUCAUCAUCUGGGGCACCGAUGAGGACAGCCUUAAGGAGAGUGGACUAUCACAACAUGAGCUCGACGGCCUUUCUCAGGAUAACUGGCAAACACUUGUGACGACAGCAGGACAGUUAAUAGUAGCCGAAGGAUUAAAGGAUGGAAAAUACGGAGUUUCCGACCCUACAUAUAAACAUUUUGAAGUCGAGAAAUCGCUUACUCUCAAAGUGGGCUUCUCGGGCUCAUCAGAGAAGGAGCUUCUUGCGAUCUUUACUUUAGAUAUUCCAGCGGAGUAUUCAGAUGCAUAUCUAGCUAAUAACACAUCGGAUGUCGACGAGGUGUUCUUCUUGGGUAUAUCGAAUAUUCCGGAACCUCGCGACGAGUGA